AAAACAUUAAAGCAUUUUUAAAUUGUUUUUAUUAUUCUGUAAUUUGUCGUUGUAGCAACAAGUGCUUUAAUUAGUUCUAGAGACCAAAUCUGAAGCUGCGCAUUCACACACCUAGCAACUCAUCAUCCUACAAUACAGUCCACAAAUAAGUAAUUCAACAACAUCCACACAAUCACAAUCGCCCCAAAAAUUCAACAUGAACAUCCAAGAUCAAAAGCAUCUAAACCUCCAAUCAGAUAAAAGCACGGGCAGUCUAUCCAAUCAAGAUGAUGACGUCACUUUCAUCAAAGAGUCUUCUGUCAAAAACUUAUUAAAUUGGACAGACUGUGUAGAUGCAAUGGAAUCAGCACUAGUUGCAAUUUCAAACACAUCACAAAAAUCAGACUCUGAACCUUUUUCAUCCCAAACACCUCGAACCUUUACAUUUGCUGGCAAUAAAGGAGUUUUGCUGACAAUGCCUGGAUAUGCAUCAAAUUAUACUUUAAAUUCAGUCACUGGAAGUGAUAAAAAGCAUUCAACAUUGUCAUGCAAGCUUGUCACAUCUUUCAGUGGAAAUUCUCAAUUAAAUCCAGCAAUUCCUGGAAUUCUUGGAACUAUUUUGUUAUUUAAUUCUGACACUGGAAAGCUGAAAGCUAUUGUGGAUGGAACUGAAAUUACAGCGUGGCGUACAGCAGCUGUUAGUGUUGUUGCUACGAAAUAUUUGUAUUGUGACAUGAAUUUAAAGAACUUGGAUGGGAAUAUUGUGGGAAAGGAACUGGCAAUUGUUGGAUGUGGAACUCAGGGUAGAAUCCAUGCUCUAGCAAUGCUUAAUUACUUCCCAAAUGUCUUCAUAAAAGUGAAAUUAUGGAACAGAAGUUUAAAUCGAGCUGAGAAGUUAAAGAAAGAAUUAAACGCGUUGUUUCCAGAGAUUAUCAUUGUGAUUGCAGAUUCGUCAAUUUUGUGUGUCGCAGGUGCUGAUUGUGUUGUUACGGCAACAAAUUCCAGUCAACCGUUAUUUGAGCUUAAAGAUUUGAAGGAAAAUGUUCAUAUUAAUGCAAUUGGAGCUGGAACAAACCAUCAUUCUGAGCUAGCCAUGGAUAUUUAUCAGUCAUCGAGUGUCUACAUUGAAAGCUAUAUUGGACUAGAAACUGAAUUGAAAGGAAUUAAGGAAUAUGUAAAUGGAGAAGUUGGUGAAAUUGUUGCUGGAAAAAAGUUUCUUCACAAAAUAGAAAAUAGCAAAAAUGUCACAGUCUUUCAAUCGAUGGGAAAUGCCAUAGAAGAUGGAGUCAUGGCAAAUAUGAUUUAUCAAAAGUUUAUGAAAAAUUGAUUCUUAAAAUGGUUAAACUUGUGAAAUAAAGAAAUUUUUUUAUUUGAAUUUUGAAAAACUUUAACAGUCGAAAAAAAUAUUUUGUGCUGUUUCCAAGGCUCCCUCGAUGACCUACGCUUAUAACAGCCAUUACCAAUUCACUUAAUCCUCAGGAAAUAAUCCAGCCUUCUUUAAUGUCUCCUUAAAGCAAUGACCAAUUUCUGUUGCUGCUUCACAAUGAUCAGCGUCAGUUAUUUCUUCACAUUCAGUGAUUGCAGUCUGAAUGACUUCAGCUGGUAUUGGUGACUCUUUUUGCCAAGCUUCUAAGCCUUCUUUGCAGAUCUUACCGUCUUUGA